AUGCAACUCACUACUCUCCUCCCAAUCGCCCUAGCAGGCCUAACCACUGCACUCCCUGCUGUCCUACAGACCCAAACAAUCACCGACGACAUCAUCUGGGGCGUAUCCAACUUCACUCUCGGCUGCUCCCAAGGUGGCUGCAUCUUCAGAUACGAUAUCGCCGGCCGAGCAAACGCAAUGACCCCCAAGUUCCGCACCCACUGCAGCGGCAUCUCAGAGAAGAAGGUCCUCUGCGACGACAAGGAUAUCACAACCAUUGUUUCCCCUGCCGGUUGGUCUAAAGGCAACUCGCAGUGGACUGUCGAUGUCACCCACACCUGGAACUCCCAUCUCAGCGACGAGUCCCUCGCGACUUGGUCCCAGCACGGUGCGAAGAAUGUUACCGUCCCUGACCACAAGCCGAUUCAGUUUGCUAUGAAGCCUACUCAGGAGUACGGCAUUGCUUAA